AUGGAAUUGAUAAUUUGCUAUUGCCAUGUGACCCGCGGAAGAAAAUAAACGUUUGACAUUUACGACUGCGUACGACUGAGGAAGCUUCUGCUAGCUGUCAGUUUCAUCAAUUUUCUCGUAUACGCACGCGCACAUAUUGGUUGGCACGUCAGUUCGUGUGUAUUGCUAUAAUUUAGGAAAAUUGUGAAAAUGGAUGAGAAACAAUGUUCUUUAUUGUCCAAUGCAAUAGUUUCACAGAUACCAGACACUGCGUGUUACAUACCGAACUUUAUCACCGAAGAGGAAGAAAAGCAAAUUAUAAAGCACAUAAAUAGCGUACCCCUGCCAAAAUGGACACAAUUGAGUCACCGCAGAUUGCAAAAUUGGGGUGGGAUACCACAUCCUAAAGGAAUGAUAGCAGAACAGAUUCCUAGUUGGCUUCAGAAAUAUAUCGAUAAAGUGACAGCUUUGAAUGCUUUUGAAAGCAGAAUCUUACCUAAUCAUGUUUUAAUUAAUGAAUAUUUAUCUGGGCAAGGAAUAAUGGCACAUUCGGAUGGCCCACUUUUUUAUCCUGUUGUAACCACUAUCAGUUGUGGUUCCCAUACACUCCUUGACUUUUAUAAACGGCUUGACACAAUAGAGCAACAACAGCCCAAAUUAGAAUUCAGCUUAUUAUUAGAACGUAGAAGUUUAUUAGUUCUACAAAAGGACUUGUAUCACAAUUAUUUGCACUCUAUAGCAGAAAGAGAUGUGGAUAGUAUAUCAGAAUCUUCAAUAAAAAAUCUACAUAUGUGUGCAGGAAAGUUUAUAGAAGGAGAGAUAAUAAAACGUGAUACUAGACUGUCUUUAACCAUUAGACACGUACCAAAAACUAGCAAAUUAAAAUUAAAGAUUUUUUGAUACAUGUAUUUUGAU